AUGCUCGGUCAGCAAAGCAGCAGCGGCUACGAAGUCGAGCAUCCACCCCCACCAAGCAAGGCGCAGCACCCGGCCGAACUUGAUUCACAGGCAUACAUCGUCGUCGCACAUGCAGAAGGCCGUUCGAAUCACUUUGUCUUUAGCAGCGCAGGGCAGCGCAGAGCAGCACGCAGGAGGGAGAAGCGGCUCGACGCCCGUCGAUGGCAACGACAGCUGCAGGGUCCAGUCGCUCUCCACGCGCUGCUGUCCAUCGGCACGGCGGAUGCUUGGCUAAAGCAUACCCUGCUCGUCGUCGGGGGCGCGGGCUUCCUGGGCAGCGCCAUCUCCAAGGCAGCGCUCGCAAAGGGUUGGCGGGUGCUUUCCAUCUCGCCCUCGGGUACGCCCUACCAUACUCCGGCUGGCCAUCGCCCGGCGUGGUCGUCGAGCCCGAACAUCGAAUGGCAUGCGGCCGAUGCGCUCGAUCCGUCGUCGUACUCACAUCUCGCUGAUAGGGCCACGGCGGCCGUGCACACCGUAGGCAUCCUGCUCGAGUCGGACUACAAGUCCAAGGCGUCGAGCGCGUCGCCGGUGCGCAAUGCCAUCGCUGGCGUCGUCAAGGGCUGGGGAAUCCGUCUGCCCAACUUGGGCGCAGAUUCGAACCCACUCGAUGAUUCCGGGACUCGUGCAGGUCCGUCCGCGAGACAGGGCAGGUUCAGCUACGAACACAUGAACCGUGAUAGCGCCAUUGCGGUCGCACAUACCUUCCUCUCGUCGCUGAGGAGCCGUGCGAUAGCGCACAAGCAGGUAGACGCACCGUCAACGCCAGCUCCGUUCGUCUACAUUUCGGCCGAAGACCUGUUCAGGCCGGUCGUGGAUGCGAGGUACAUCCGCACCAAACGACAGGCGGAGGCGGCCAUCGCACGGCUUGCCUCGCAUCUCCAAGCGCCGCAGCGCGAGCACACUCGCGACCAGUCGGAAGCCAUCCUGGACGCAGACGGUGCAGGACUCGAACAGGAGCUCCGAGACGAUCCCGUCAACGAUUCCGCUUCGUCAUCCGAUGGACAAGCACGCUCCGACGCCGGGCAUGGUCUGGUGCGACCAGUGUUUUUGAGGCCGGGACUUUUGUACCACCCUCACACGCGGCCGGGCUCUACGCUUCCAGCAGCGAUCCUCGAGGCGUCGGCCGCACUGCAUCGCAAGCCGCCGCUGCCUCUCCCGCUUCCGACACCCGCACAGCUCCUUGCGCGUCUGGGCGGCGGCGGUGGUGCGUCCGAGUCUGUAGCGCGUCUGCUCACCACGCCUCCACUGCACAUCGACACGGUGGCAAAGGCGGUGUGUGCGGCGAUCGAGGAUCCCGAGGCGUUUGGCGUGGUGGAUGUGUACGGCAUCAGGAAGCUGGCAGGCUGGAGGGACGAGGCGUCGCUGAAUGCCAGCGUGUAUGCGCAAACGGUUGCGGGCGGUUCGGCGCAAGCGCCUGGUGCAGGCAUGUCGAGACCGUGGCCUUCGGCUGGCCAGCAUGCGCCUUUGCAGCCGGCUUCACGACCCGCCUCGCCUCACACGCACCACACGCCAGCCGUAUCGUCGAGCGGCCAGCAGAGGAGUCUCUGGGUCCCAAGCCGUGCUUACACCCCUCGGUCUCUUUCCAGUGGUGCGAUUCAGCAAAGGCGAACGUUCUUCGGGCUGCCUGAUCUCGGAAAGCUUGCAUCGAGCGCGAUCUCGUCCGCCACCGGAUCCAACGAUGGCGAGAGUCGCUCGUACCGCGACGCGCACGGGCGCACGGUGUACGAAACGUCCAAGGUGCUCUCGCACCCAGCAGACACACUCUUCUCGGUCGUCGCCAACGUGGAUGCGUACAAGCAGUUUGUACCCUACUGCCAAGAUUCUCGCGUCCUGGGUCCCGCCGACCCUCAACAACCAACCGCACCAGCUGUACUCGCCGAUUUGACCGUGGGGUUCGGCAGGUUCUCCGAGACGUACACGUCGAAAGUCACCAUGACAAGCGGCGCCAAGGACAAGCGCAGUGUGGUCGCAGAGGCGGUCCAGCCCAACCCGGUGUUUUCGUUUCUCGAGACAAGGUGGACCUUCCACCCCCUGCCCAGUGCAGAGGGACGCGCGCAGACCAUGGUCGAGUUCAGCCUGGUUUACGCUUUCCGCAACCCAGUGUACGGCGCUGUCGCCGGCAACGUGUUUGAGCAGAUGAGCGCACAGAUGAUCGACGCCUUCGAACGCAGGGCAGACCAGCUGCAUCCCCAACACUGA